AUGUACUCCUUCACUGGCUCAAGCCGAAGACGGCCGAUGAUCAACCUUGGGGGACAGUCCAACCUCAACAACCCAACCGAAAUCAUGCGGAGAGCAAAGGAGGAACGCCAGCUGAGAGAGAAAUUCAAACAUCAACAGGCUGCAGUCUCAAUCAUCCAGAAUUUUUGGCGCAGUAGGAUGGAUGCAGGGCGGACUAGGACGGCGUUGAGGAAUCGAUUCGACCAGCUCGUCUCAUUUAUCUUUGAUAACUCCGAUGGACCGGCCAAUCAGAAAAACACUUCCUCCCUCCUCAAAUUAUCCCCGAAAGAUCAUCUAGAACUAUCACGAUUGAUCUUGGUCUUCUAUACCCCGCAUCAUGCCGCCGAUCAACGCAGACUGGUCGCCUGGGCAAAUCAAUCGAUCCUAAACCGUGAACCAGCCUACUUGGCUUAUGUGCAAAGGGAGGACGAGCUAGGAAAUUCAUGGAGAAGGAUCAUACCAUUGAUGAUCAAGCGCAUCCUUCGGACACUUGCCGAUUCUCCCCGAUCGGAACAUUCUCCCACAUUCUUAGCCGCUGUCCAAGAAAUGGUCAAUAAUCUCAACCAUCGUUCAGAUCUGAAAGCGUUGAUAAUCAUGGGCCGUACUUGGUAUUGGAAACUUUUGAGGAAAUACGUCAUGGCCUUCGAAUACGCCGACAAGUCAGCUAGCCAGAACGUCGCCCUGGUCAUCGAGCUUUCAAUAUUACCCUUGAAAGUGCUUCCACCAGAUCAAAGAACUGAGCUCGCCAGCUCUUUUGCCGCUCAGAUAUUCACGAUCCCACUCCUACCUAAUCGACUUGGAAUUCAAACAUUAAUACAAUUCACCGCGUCGUUGCCAUUUGUUGAAAUCCUUGCUGGAACGGAUCGAUUCAUACAUGAGUUGGAGCUCGAGGACAUCAUCCAUCUCCUGUCCAAUUUACUCGUCUGGGGAUCCAAAAAAGUCAUUCACAUGGAUCAGAAUGGUUUCAAAGGAUAUUUGAAUGCCAUCCAGCUUUGUCUCGAUCGAAUGCCCAUCGCCCUAUUUCGGAGGGUGGAUACCCAUCUAGCAAACAAGACAUCUGUUAAGGCUAAGCGCCCCCCUCAAUCGCGGGCUCCAAAACCAGUCCAUCCAUCAGGAAGUACUUCCAACCAGUUCAUUCAAGAGAGCAGCGGUGCAAAAAAUGACCCGAUCCUCAUAGAUGAGGAAGAUAUCGAGAUGGCCGAACCUUCAGACACAAAUCUUACAGCGACCGUCGUCAACUCUAUCAGCCCAAAGACCUUACAAUGGCUAUCCGUUCUCGUUCAGUCCGAACAUCUUUCUCAGCUUUGUUCAAUGUCCGCUAGGUAUUCUUCCACCUGCCAACCUCAAUUAUCUCGGUUGAUGGUUUCGAUCAUUUAUCUAUGGCCCACCUCAAAGGAAACCAUCCUCAACACGCUAAUCUACAUGACACCCUCGACCGGACCCUCGAGUCGCUCGGCCAACCAAAGCGGGGGAUUCAUCAAGGAGUUAUGGAGGUUGUCCGUCCGUCCAGGAAAGAUCAGUGUCAGUUUACGCGAUCGGAAAUCUGGUGGGAGUCCGCAAGGGGUUCUUACUACUCUGAAAGAUCCUAAGCUCGCCGGCCAAUGGGAAGAUCUGAUCCUGUUGUGCGAGCUCUAUUCGCGGUACCUGAUGACGCUCGGGGACGAGGAAUUCUUCGACGACGAGGCCGAAGUUGCAUCAACCAGAUCCUUCCAACGCGCCAAGACGUCCGUCAUUUCAACCAGUAGAAAUCCUCUCAUGACCGAUGAGGUAGUCACCUUAGCUGGCCUGCUGAGAAAUCUCGCAUUCGGAUUGUAUUGGACUGAAGGGCAAGCAGAUAUUAAGAAGGGCUGCGUGGUUGGGACUCACGUUAGCUUAGAAUACCUAAGAACCCUGGCGACUCGCCUAUUGCAGCAAAUAUACAUUAGAGACUCAAGACGGCCAUUCUGUGAACCCGGGUUUUGGUCCAUGACCUCGACCUUCGAUUUACAAUCAUUUAUGCAAACGGUUGUAUAUGAAGAGUCUCACCUGGAGGAAGUCCGAGAAGAUCAGUUACAGAGUCCGGCACAACUUCUGAACCAGGAUCCGGACUUGGAUAUCUCUAACCAUCUUUCAUCCUCACGCGGCUCUCGGGCUCGAGUCUCACAACGUCAGCUGGCGUUCAUUAGUCCUAGACUUGGUGUCUUGAACAACAUCCCCUUCGUGAUCCCCUUCGAACAGCGUGUCGCGAUCUUCCGGACCUUCAUCAACUCCGACCGACAUCGCUUAGGAUUGGACUCACAUGCGUUUGGAGAAAAUCGGCACAAGGCUUCGAUCCGCAGACAGUUUGUCUCCGAAGACGGAUUCACCCAUCUCAAUGCACUGGGACCCAGACUCAAGGAGACAAUCGAGAUCAAGUUCAUCGAUCCUUAUGGUCUCGAAGAGGCCGGGAUCGAUGGCGGUGGGGUGUUCAAGGAAUUCCUGACUAGUCUGACCACGGAAGUCUUCGACGUUAACAAAGGUCUAUGGUUGGUCAAUAAGAAUCAGGAAAUAUAUCCCAACCCUCAUAGCUAUAGCCGUCAACCUCUUAGCUUGGAAUGGUAUAGAUUCUUGGGAAGGGUCCUUGGUAAAGCUUUGUACGAAGGCAUCCUUAUCGAUAUUGAUUUCGCCGAUUUCUUUCUGAAUAAAUGGCUGGGGAAGCAGUCAUAUCUUGAUGACUUGGCUUCAUUAGAUCCAGAGCUGUACCAAGGCUUGAUAUUCUUAAAACAUUAUAAGGGAGACGUGGAGGCAGAUCUAUCGCUAAACUUUACGGUGACAAACAACGAAUUCGACGCGUCGGAGACGAUCGAGUUGGUCCCACAGGGUUCGAAGACGUCAGUGACGGCGCAGAACCGGAUCAACUACAUCUAUCUGAUGUCGAACUACAAGUUGAACAUCCGGAUCGAGAGCCAGUGUGCGGCCUUCUUCAAAGGACUCAAUGAUAUCAUCGAGUUGAAGUGGCUGAGGAUGUUCAAUCAGCUCGAACUGAAAGUCUUGGUUGGCGGCCUCGACGGCCAGGAUCUCGAUAUCGACGAUAUGCAGCAGUGGACCGUUUAUGGGGGCUGGGACGAGUCACAUCCGACGAUCAGAAUCUUCUGGAAAGUGGUGAGAGAGUUCGACAACUUGACGAAACGGAAGCUAUUGCGAUUCGUCACCUCGUGUGCAAGACCGCCGUUAUUAGGCUUCAAAGAGCUCCGCCCGUCCUUUGCCAUCCGCUCAUCCGGCGUCGACCGAAGCCGGCUACCUUCAGCCUCGACCUGUGUCAAUCUGUUGAAGUUGCCCGAAUAUCAGACUGAGGCCGAGUUGAGAGAAAAGGUGCUCUAUGCUAUCAAUGCUGGGGCCGGAUUCGAUCUCUCUUAG